UACUGCCUUUACAAAAUGUGACUUGGACACAUGCACGCACUUCAUUUCUGUAAUCUGAAUAUGUAUUCCCAAUACUUGUAUCUCAUUACAUCCCAAUGCUGGAAAUGACUGAGUUCCAUAAAUGCAGCCGUUCCUCCAAAAACCAAGUAAAGGUCUGCCCACUGUGCAGCUCGGGGCGUUGCUAUACCUUUAAGGGCUCUACAUCGCCGUCUUGUGGACAAAGUUUUUAAAAUUGGCAGACAGUUUUGGAGUAGGCUUGUGUAUUUUUCCCCCUGCUGUUUUCACUCUGGCUGAGCGUAUCGGAGUAAAACCAAACAAGUGCUUGCAAGAGGAUCCAGCAUCUCAGCAAAAUUACAGCAUACAAACGGAUAAUACGGGGUGAUGGACUGGAAGAUAGACGGCACUAUCAAGGAGAGUACAGGCAGCCUUUUUUUCAAAUGACCAAUUUGACAAUUGCGUCUGACAUAUAAUUGACACUUCAGUGUAUCUCUAUAUAUUUUUGCUCAGUGCCGGAUGACACUGUAACCGCAGAUUAUCUGGCUCUAAUUCAGCGAGUCUUGCGUUAAGUUUAACGUGCAGUCUCGCCGCAAGUCAGUGUUGAAUGGUGUUCGCUUGUUUUUUAAUGAGUUCCGAAUACGUAGCGUUAUUAGUAUUGAGGCUUACGGUUGCGCUGCUGGUUGAGACCACUUGUUGAAAUUUGGGAAAAGUUUACUAGAAAUGUAUUAAAACAGAUUAAAAAACACAAAGUUAACCAGAAAUGCGUGGUUUUGCUAGUUUAAGGCUACUUUAUUCGCCACGAACCCUAUUAUUUUGCGUGUUAACUUAGCCAACAUCUACAAGAAGGAAGGAGAUGAAAUUUCUGAGAUACUAAUUGCUGGCUAACUCGCCUGGCUAACGUUAGCAGGUUAAAGCUGUCUAGUUCGGCAUAACUGAGACACUUUAACAGUCAACUAUAAAAUCCUUCAUAUCCACAGAAAACAUAACUCGGCCGGGCUUCGCUUUUUAGCACUUGAAUCUUCAUUAGAAGUUCAGCUUGUUGUCUUGUUUAACUGCUGUAGCGUAGCUAGCCAGUUAGCCGGGCUAGCUGAGGCUUAACGCGAACCUGCGAAGCUGCAGCAGAGUUGCAAAGUGUCAAAGAAAAAAACAUUGGCGUUAUUAACACUUCGGAUUCAUCGCUAACUAUUUAUGUACAGUUUCUUGUAGAUAUCUGACAACAUAAUCGCUGUGAGCAGAAGCUUGUUGCAGUAAAUACUGGCUAGCGUUAGCGAAUCCAGCUAACGAAUAUUUUCUCUGACUUGGUUAGCUUAGCUAUGCUUCUUGAGUCGACUUUCCAUCAGAAAAAAAGCUCAUGUAACUAAAUUUGUGUAUUGAGUUAUCAUUAAGAAAUUUUAGUCUGUAUUACUACUAUCACGCCUCCAGACUUUCUUUCUUUUUUCUAAAUUAGAAAGCAGUUUGUUUGUGUUUUUUGGGGGAGUUUGACAGCUCUGCACGGCUCCGCUCACUGCCUUGACAACAGCCAGUUUGAAGCAUGAUUCACGCAGCAGGCUCGCAAGAGUGUCGAAAAUGGGGGGACAUUUGAAGUAUUUUUGAGGUCGAACUGCGAACAGCGUAUUGUUGAAUUUUGUUUCCUGUCGGUGUCGAAAACUCCGCGGCCCGCCAUGUCCGGAUCCCCGGGCUCGAGUGCCUCCAACCCGCGGAAGUUCAGCGAGAAGAUCGCGCUGCACAACCAGAAACAAGCCGAGGAGACGCGGGCCUUCGAGCAGCUUAUGACGGAUCUCACCGUCUCAAGGGUGCAGUUUCAGAAGAUCCAGCAGCUACGCUUGUCUCAGAACCGCGCCCAGUACUAUGGUGGUUCCCUGCCCAAUGUCAAUCAGAUUGGCAAUGCCAGCACCGAUUUCCAGGGCACGUUUCCCUCUGGUCUUGACUCAGUGAGAGGAACCAGGCACCACGGUCUGGUGGAGAGAGUCCAACGAGACCGCAACCGCAUCAACUCUCCACAUCGCAGACCUAUCGACAAACAUGGACGGCAAGCAGAGAGCUCUCCGUAUGGAACAGUGUACCUGUCACCUCCACCUGACAACAGUUGGAGAAGGGAGCAGCAGCCCUGGACUGAAGAGAAACGGCCUGGGUUUAGAUUAAUAUCGCAGCUCAACAGAACCAACUCAGACUCAGCUCUGCAUACAAGUGCGAUGAACCCUAACCCGCAGGAUCCCUUUGGCAUGAACCAGCAAAUGGGUAGGGGGCCCCCCCAACGUAACGCCAGCAUGAAUGAAGCAGAGGUGGAUGGUACAGGAGAUGUCUUCUCGUUCCCUGCCAUCCCUAACGAGGAGAGUCUGAUUGGUGUGAGUAAGCCAUUGCCCAAGCAGCUGUGGGAAGCCAAAAAGGUGCAGUCCCUGUCGUCACGGCCCAAAUCCUGUGAAGUGCCUGGAAUCAACAUAUUCCCAUCUCCAGAGCAGAACGCUGGUCUCUCUCAUUACCAGGGCACGUUAAAUACAGGCGGCUCCCUGCCUGACCUCAGUAACCUGCACUUCCCCUCUCCUCUACCCACCCCGCUGGAUCCUGAGGAGGGGGGGUAUCCCAACCUGAGCGGUGGUAGCAGCACGGGAAACCUUCCUGCGGCCAUGAUGCACCUGGGCAUCGGAAAUUCUCAGGGCCUCUCCUCCUCUCUAAGCAACCCCUCCAUUCAGGCAUCACUCACCAACUCCCAGCUGCACUCGUCUCUCAGCAAUCCCUCUAUCCACUCGUCUCUGCGGCUUUCUUCGCUCUCCAACCCUCCUCCCGGAGGCAUGGCCACCUCGCCCAGGAGACGGCCCGCCCCCAUAAGCCCUCUGACCCUCUCUCCUGGGUCUGAGCAGCGCCGCAGCCUGGGGAAGCAACUGUCACCCACCAUGUCACCCUCUCUCUCUCCCAUUACACAGGGGGUUGCCUUGGACACCAGCAACUUGCCAAUGGAGCCUCCUCCGCCCUACCCGCUCUAUCAGCAAUCCCAGCAGUCCUUGCAACAGCAGCAGCCCCAGUCCCAUACACCCAUGCAGCAAGGUGCCCAGCAUGCUAUGGGGCAACAGCGCCAACCUCAGGGAGGGCAACAGCAGCAGCAACAGCAGCCGCCUGUGUCUCCUUUACAGAAUGUACCCCUGGACUUCAACUCUAGCACUCCGAACAGCAUGGGAGUGUUCUGCAACGAUCCGUUUAUGGAACCACAGUUCUCAGGUCGCCAGUCCAAAUGCCCACCUUAUCAGCAGGACCAGUAUAACAUGUUGGAGCAUGCCAUGAGCUCUAUGGCUGGAGGAUUUGACCCUUCCUCUAACCUUUACUGCUCCCAAGCAUCCCUUACGGGCCUGGGUGGUAGCCAUGGCAACUUGCAGGACCCUCUGUCGAUGAAGCCCAACAUGCUGUAUUCUAACUGUGGAGGAGGAGUGCCCAACAUCAUCCUUACAGAUGAUUCAAACCCCAGCCUGUCUAAGGACAUCAGCAGUGUGUUAUCGGCAGUUCCUGAGUGUUUCGAUUCGGAGGGAGUUUUCCCCCUGGAGGACGAGCUUCGCAUUGAACCCCUCAGUUUGGAUGGACUGAGCAUGCUCAGUGACCCUGACAUGGUUCUGCCAGACCCCUCGGUGGAGGACAGCUUCCGCAGCGACAGACUCUGAAGAGCUGCAUUUGUGCCCAGAUGUUCAUACUCCUGCAGUUUCCCUCUCUUUCUCCAACACAUGCAUACUCCCGCAUGGAGCAGCUCACCCACUGCUGAACGAAUACAUGCACAAAACUCCAGCAGCAGUACCCAUCCCUGCUUUAUACAUACAGAUACAGCUGAACAUAUGGCUCUUUUUUCAUUUUGUAGACUCACAGACACAUACAGACACUACAUCUUAAUGAAAAAAUGACUGGCGAGCCCAUUAGUGCGAUUCACACACAGGCAGCGUCUCUCAGGGGCCAUUCUGAUUCUGUGUUCUCCAUCUGCCACUCGAGACAGUUAUGAUUAUGAGUACUCGGGAGCGGGAGAUGUGCGAAAUCAAUCCGAGCGUUUAAUGCAAACAUUUGCCACACCCAGAGUAAGCCUGGUCCUAGACUUACGGAAAGGAUUUUCAGAGGAAAAACCUCACUGACAGUAUAACUUAGACCACGCUUAAUCUGUGCCAAGUCCCAUAUGUAACAUCUGUUGAAGCCCCAACUGGGAAUUAAUGUCCCCAGGACUUGAUUCUAAAUUUACUAACAAAGCAUGGUGAACAUGUGUGUGCACGCAGUCUUUUUGUAGCAAAGUUACCUUUCAGGAGUGACACCAGCACCACUGUGGUUGUUUUUCCAAGGCCUUAGUUGUUGCUGUCCUGCCUGUUGCAGCGAUUCCUGACUGGGGCUAUAAAAUGAACCCCAUCCGACACGCAAAUUUGCUCACAUCAAAAUGAUUGUAAUCCAUUCACGGCAGUGUGACAAUCAGACCCAGAAACCAACAGCACUAUCAAAUGGAUGCAACUUCAUAGCGCAGGACGCAUCUGUCCUGGUCUCUGCCGAAUCGCUGUAACCAAAAAAAUGUGCUACUCUUAGACAUGUCACCGUUUUUGAAUGUUUAUGAUAUAUCAUCACAGAGCUGUGUUUUGCUUUUAGGCAUCAGAUUUAUGGAAAGCAGAAAAGGUUUGGCUUAUUCUAUGCCAAAUAGCUGCAGCCCCUGGAGCCCUCACUGCAGGGUGUGAUUAUGUAGAGAAAGAAUGCACAACAGUAUGGUGUGUUAUGGAACAGAAGGAGCCAGCAGCCUGCCUGAUACCAGCUCAUAUUGAUGCGCCACAUGCUGCAGUCUUAUGCACCAGCAAGAUCAGUCGAGUUGAUCGCUUCCCCUGCAGUCUGCCCUCCACCCCUCCUCUCACCUCUUUUCUGCAUCUCUCAUCUUCAGUCUGAUUUUCUCCCCUUUCCUCUAGUCUUUCCUUUUCCCCUUCCUCCUUUUCUGCCCUCCUUCCCUCCUAUUUUCUGCCCCCUCUCCUCCAGUGUGGCGCCCUCGCAUCCCCUUGUCACUUCUGCAUCCCCCCCCUCUCCUUUUUCUGCCAACCUCCCCUCUUUUCUGUUCUUUUUUUUUUUCAUCUUUUCUGCCCUCCAAAAUGAUGUCCUCACAUCCCCUCCUGAUGUCCUCACAUUCCCUCCUGCCCUCCUCCCUUCCCUUCUUUUCUACCCUACUUCCCUCCAGUAAUCUCUAGUUCUCUCUCUUCUACUCCAGUUCUCCUCCACUCCCCUCAUUACUGCUGUUCUCCCCUCCGCUUCCCUCUUUUCUUCCUUUCUCCCUCUUUCUUAUUUUCUCCUCCCCUACUCCCCUCUUUCUGACCCCAACCCCCCUGCUCCCCCUUCCCCCUCCUCUCUUUUCUGCCCUUACUUGCUCUUCAGUCUAUUUUCUUCUACUCUUGUUCUCCCCCCUCUGCUCCUCUCUGUUCUUUUCUCCUCCCCUCCCCUUUAGUCCUCCCACUCCCUUCCAAUCAGUGCCCUCUCUCUUUUCUCCCUGUCAUUAGUUGAGUCUGGCUCUCGGCACCAGCACCCUCACCUACCAUACUGUUAGAGCAGCCUGAAGUGCAUGAUGGAGAUUUUAACACAUCCCAGAGAGACCAGAGAGAGACCAGUGUGUGUGCUAGACCAGUCGGUGGAUGUGUCACUGACUGUAGGUGAGCUAAAAGCAUAAGGCAAGCUAAAGGCUCUUCAGUCAGACAUUAACAUCAAAGGAUAUGUCAGAUGUCAGUGAAUGAAAUCCCUCAUAUGUUUAAAAGUGAAGAGAUGAGGGGAUCAGUAAUUUCUGUAUAGAACUUUUUUUAUUAUUUGCAUAUAUAGUUAAAGCUUAUGAAAGAGAUGUUGGUCACAGAUAUAUAUAUAUAUAUGCCUCAUAAUUUCAGUCUGACUAGAAUGUAUUUUUAAAACAGAAAAAAGGGAAAAUUGUUUACAAAAAGUUUAUGAACUAAACUGUAUGAGUAGAAGUUGAAAUUUAUAUGAUUUUGGUAUAAUUCUGAAAGAAUAUAUUUGUAUCUUUUAUUGGUCCAGUCAGUUGUAAGUGAAUGGAAGCCCUCCUCAUGCUAUGGCUAUGCAGAAUUCAGCAUCAGACAAAAGGCUGGAACAACUUAGUCCAUGAGAAAGGAACUAUUUUACUUGUAUAUUUACUUA